AUGCCUAUUAGCAGUGGGUUCUUUAAUAUCGAUAACCUCUCGCAAGGCGAGACUGUUCAUCAGCGAUGUCUCAUCGUCAAGGGCUCCUGUAGAGCGGCCUUCAUUACUACUGAGAACCAGAAUGUAUCGGGAUUUCAGGACUUCCCAGCGCAAAGCUAUCCGGUUGUCCAAGGCCGCUUUGCCUUCCUUACCAUGCUCUCUGAGGGACCUAAUAACCUCAUUAUUCGACUUGGCAGCCAUUACAAUAGGACGACAUCAUUGCCUUCUACUGAAACAAUUGUUGUUUCCCUCAACUAUUACCCAUUAUUAAACACUCCACCGCUUCAUCUUGCCAUCAUGAUUGCCAAGGACUCCCCACUGAUUAUCGAUUGUCCGCCUGGUAGAAGUGGCGGCCUUCCAAAUGGGCAUUCGACCCUGGACGCCGUGAUUGCCAAGUUCCGCAUCGCGGCCUACAUGUGGCAAGCCCUCACUGCUGAAGAUAUGCGAAUUAAGGGCCUAGGUCGUCGUUCGUUCCGGCUUGAGGAGGAGCGGACAGCCAAUACCACCAGUCAGGCGUUUUUAUAUACUGAGGCCCAAGAGACGCUACAUGCUAAUAACAACAUAGGCCCUACGGCGAAGAUCCAUCUGGUCGGGACGGAUAAGACGGUUAUGGAAUUGAGAGACCCGAAUAUUGCUCAGCAGAAUAAACAGGCCUCUGAUAAGAAUCAGCUUUUUAACAUCUUCCUGGCUGCGCUGAAAAACUAUGGCCAUCCCUUCGACCCGUCCAGUCACCCAAUCGUUGCAGGCCUGAUUCUCGACUCCCAUUACUCCGUCGACCAGAAUCUUAUCCUCGCACACGCGGCACUAGGAGCCCAUAACGGCCAUGGCAUCUCGCUAGGGAUGUUUGGCAGUCAUCUUACCUACUCCUGGCCACGGUUUAUUGAGGAAGUUCAUGAAUGUCUGCUCGAUACCAGAGCCCCUGGACCAACUCUUGGCAAUGACAAUGGCGAAUGUGCCACCAUGUGGGAGGCUUGCUCGAUCGGCCAAGGUGCUUUCCUCCACGAAGUCGGCCAUGCCUUUGGUGCACCACAUAGCACCGGCAUCAUGGUACGUGGCUACGCUGAGCACUGGCCCAGGAACUUUCUCUCUAGAACGGCAUACAGCGUGGCUCACAAGCGGGAAGGUGUUGUCGUCAUAGAGGGGCAGACGGCGAAUAAUGCAAGAUGGGAUCUACGCGAUGCGCUCUCGUUCAGAUUAUUCCCGCACUUUUGGAUUCCGGGCGAUGAGCUUCUUGAACCGGGUGUCCGAGCUGAAACGCCCAGUGUUGUCGUAAUAGGACAGGGAGAUCCAGCGAAGCUGGGCAUCCAACUAUCAUGUCGAGCCAAGGUCGUGCAGGUUUCCUUCAACGAUAAUCUAGAGUCGUAUCCCACAGUCGUCUCCCCGUGCAAUAACACCAUUUACCUAAUGAAAGACCUCAAAUCCCGCUUCCCCCGCAGGGACAACAGGCCCCUCAAACUUACUGUGCUCGGCAUGAAUGGCAAGACCCGCACCGUUCACGACGUCUGGCGCCUGUUUGGGCUUGAAGAUAUUAUUAGAAUCCCGGGCUCCAAGGUGGUGUUAACGAAGCAAUCUAUUUUAUGUGCUCAGAUGGAAGCCGAUGAAUAUAAGGAGCCCGAUGCCUCGACUGUUUGGUCCUGGGCGACCUUACUAGCUAAACCUAGAGAUGGCUUAGGCUACGGACCUAGAUCUAUGAAACACGUCAAAUCUAUUGAUGUCCGUACAGGUGCUUAUUUGGAUGGCUUGUAUAUCGAUUUCGAUGAUGGGGAGCGUGUCAACUGUGGACCGCGAUUAAGACGGAAUGGAGAUAAGCACACCUUUGGCGGACAUGCUGCAAAGAAGGUUGACUUUACCCAGGGUGUGGGUAACUAUGGAGAUCGCGAAAUUGUGAGGAUUGAAGUGGCCAGGGCAGAUAAUGUCAUUACAGGCAUGCGGAUUUAUUUGAAGGAUGGGACACAGGGAGGUGAGCUGAGCGGAUACGGUUAUGUGAAAGAGACCUGUGUGCUUGACUACAAUGGGCCCAAGGCUGUAGCGAAGAGGGGAAACAGGAGAGUGAAGAGAUGCGACGGAAUGAUUGAAAUUGUUUAA